AUGGCUCUGAGGAGAAAAUUCGGGGAGAGUUCCAAUUUCAACUGCAAAAUGAUGUCGAGCUUUUUGAGGUAUUACAGCUCAAACAGGGUGGACUUAAAGAAGCUGAGGCCUAUGAUUCUGAAAAGAAUCCAAGACCGAGCUAAGGACUAUCCGGUGCAAAGCAUGAUACCAGUGGUAGAGGGAGUCCUCAAUUCCCGAAGGCUUCUUAAUCAGGGUGUCUCCACCCUUCUUAAAGUGAUCCUAGUUGUGGACUGCAAAUAAGUCGCUCCAGUGGGCAAGGGUAAGGGUGUGGAUAUCUUGAUUAAUAGAAAGGCAAAAAACAGUAAAGAAAAGAGCAGAGGAGGCAUAAGACGACACCUUGUAUUUCUUGAUUAAUUUAACAUGAAGCACUUGUUCCAGGAUGUAAUCAAAGUUAUCAAACAUAACCAAAGGUUUGAUUAUGACCGUGUUCCUGCAGUUGUUGAGCUGUGCUGGCAAGCAGGGGCAAAUGAUGAAGAUUUGUACUCCGAUACUUGGAACCCAGAAAGUGAUUGUGUUGCUAUGGAAGAAGCUGAAUCCUUGUCACGGAAUGAAAUUGCUCUGGUUGCCAAUGGAACUUUGAGAGUCUGGGAAAGACUUAGAAAUGGUGUCAAGAAAUUACUGGGUGUUUAUGCAGCAAAAGUGUGUAAAGACUGUUCAGAAGUCCAUAUUGGGCCAUCUGGGCAAAAAGCGAGGCUUUGUGGACUUUUUAAGUACGAGCGUUGGCAAGGAACCCACUUUUGGAGAGCAUUUGUAGAUGAUCUUGUUCCUCCAAACAUUGUAUGGCGGAAGCGGCGUCAAGAUCCUCCUGUGCUCUUGGAUGAAGGAAAAGGCUAUUACGGGCAUGCUCCAGCAGUGGUAGAACUAUGCUCUAAGGCAGGUGCCAUAGUGCAUUUAAAGUAUCAUCUUUUGGAGGAAGAGGAGGGAGAGUUCGGGCCGCCGUCUGUGGCGUCAUGUGAGGGCGAGUGGAGUGGUGUAGGGGCAGCAGUAGGCCGUGGAAGGGAGGAGGAGAGGAAAUCAAUGAGUUUUGAGCGGUGGUAG